CUGUCGGCAAAAGGGUCCUUAUGGGUGAACUGGGUACAUAGAUACUUAAUUCGUUUUGGUUCUUUUUGGGCGGUAAAAGGGAAUUCAAUGAGUGGUUCAUGGAUAUGGAGGAAAAUUCUAAAAUACCGUGACAUGGCAAAAAAGUUUCAUCGAGUAGAGGUGAAGAAUGGAGAGACUACAUCUUUUUGGUAUGAUUCAUGGAGUAACAUGGGAUGUCUCAUAGAGAAACUUGGAGAACGGGGCUGUAUUGAUCUGGGAAUUCCCCUAUCUAGCACGGUGAAAGAAGUAAUGAACAUGACUCGGAGAAGAAACCAUCGACAGCUCACCUUAAACCGUGUAGAAGAAGAAAUAAGGGAACUAAGGUUGAACCAGAGGGUGAAUGAACAUGACACAGCUCUGUGGAAAGGAAAAAAUGACUGCUACCAUAGGAGGUUCAUAACGAGGGAGACUUGGUUACAACUGCGCAUAGCUAAGCCGCCGAUGGAGGGACAUAAAGAGAUAUGGUUCCCAACUGCAACUCCAAAAUAUGCAUUCAUUACUUGGUUGGUUUUGAAAAACAGAAUCUCAACAGGGGAGAGAAUGUUGAAGUGGAAUGGUACUGUGAAUUCAAGUUGUGUCUUUUGUGAUGAGCCGAUAGAGACAAGGGAACAUCUCUUUUUCUGCUGUCCCUACUCCAAAACGAUAUGGAAGAACCUAGCAAUGGGAAUUCUGUCUACUAGAUACUCGGAGAGUUGGACAGACAUUUUGAAGUUACUAGCAGAAAACAUCCUCGACAAAAAGAAAAGCUAUAUGCUAAGGUACGUAUUCCAGAACUCCAUCCACUCGAUUUGGAGUGAACGGAACAGAAGGAGGCACGGGGAACAACCCAUACCGUCGGAACUACUCGUGAAAAUGAUAGACAAGAAUAUGCGAAAUCGCUUGAGCACACUCAAAGGUGGCUGUUUGAAAUCUGCAGGUGGAAUCCAAGCAUGGUUUGAAUCAAGGCAAUAGAAAACAGAUAGUAGCUCUAUUUACAAAUGUUUCAGAAAAGUUAGCAUUUCAUAUGUAAA